AUGCGAUUCUUUCUUGGGGCACUAGGCCUGCUGUCUUCCACGCUAGUCGUGGCCCAAACUUAUACCGAUUGCAAUCCGACAGAAAAGUCGUGUCCUGCUGAUCCUGCAUUUGGCCAGUCUGACAAGACUUUCGAUUUCACAAGUGGCGCAUCUGAUGCUUUCAAGUCAACUGGAGCCGUCACAUUUGACCAAACAAAUGGCGCAACCUUUACUAUUGCCAAGCAGGGCGAUGGCCCGUUGAUUCAGUCUGGCUGGUACAUCAUGUUCGGCCGCGUGGAAUACACUAUCAAGGCAGCAUCAGGGACGGGAAUCGUCAGCAGUGCAGUUCUGCAGUCAGAUGAUUUGGAUGAGAUUGACUGGGAGUGGCUGGGUGGAAACAACGCCCAAGUACAGACCAAUUACUUCGGCAAAGGAGAUACAAGCUCAUUUAGCCGUGGCGCCUACCACGAAAACCCUGGAAACCAUGACGACUUCCAUACUUACUCCAUCGACUGGACCAGCAGCCAAAUUGUGUGGGCCAUUGAUGGCAAGACUGUUCGUGUUCUCACUCCCGAGACGGCAGAAACCAACCAGUACCCACAAAGUCCGAUGAUGAUCAAGGUCGGCGUGUGGGCUGGCGGUGAUGCGAACAAUGCCAAGGGCACCAUUGACUGGGCUGGUGGUCAAACGGACUACAGCCAAGGUCCUUUCAAGAUGUAUAUGAAGUCAAUGACUGUGACUGAUUACUCCACCGGAACUUCGUACAGAUACGGUGAUAAAACCGGCUCAUGGCAGUCAAUCGUCGCAGAAGGAGGCAAAGUCAAUGGCAACAAAGGUGCCGAGCCCACCUCGACCGAGUCCGCACCUGCAAUCACUGCAACCAUCGACAGCGUCCCGGUUCCCUGGAGUGGAACCCACAAAGAAACCUCAAGCUGGGUUACGCCAAAUGUCUGGCCCUGGGUGGCAUCCGGCUCUCCUACGGCCUUGUCGACAGGAUACCAGUAUGACUGGGAGUCUAUAUCUGCCCAGAACAAGCCACCAGGUGGAGGCUCAAUGAGUGAGCAAUCCCCCGAAUCCUUCACUUAG